CCUUACUCCAUCAACUUCUGUCUGGACCAAGGAGGAUUUCCUUGUGAGCCGCUGAGAUCUGCAAAAGGCAGAUGGGGAUCCUUCACCGGAGGAAGCGAAAGGCCCUGGGUUAGGCCCCCACCUUGGCCUGAAACAAAUGAUGGUUCUGCCCCUGGCUAGCAGCAGCAUGGAGUUGCAGCCAGACAACGGGCUCUGUGUCCGCAACAACACUGGCGACUGGAGGCUGAAGUCUGAAGAGUCGCGAAGCCGCAGAAACUCCAUCCCCCCAGCGAAGGCUCCAAUUGCCAAGCACAUGUUGGCUUACCUGCCUCGGCCCCCCACAGAAACAAGCCAAUAUGGGACCUUUCCUCAGAAGCCUGAAAUGAUAGCUGUUUCGAUGGGUCCUUCAGACAGGAGCCCCCAGCAAAUGGAAACUGCAGCCACCAAGAAAAGUGCCCUGACAUGCAACUACGUGUCGGUACCCUGCAGCUCAAACAUCCCCAAUGACAGGACAGUCCUUCUCCAGCGGAGGCUCAGCACGGCGGAGCAGGUUGUGCCUAUCAAGCAUCGUCCCAGAGUCUCAAUCGAUACAGAUGAGUUGCCCAGAUACCACCGGUCCUCCAGGACUGACCCGCCACCACCUUCUCUGUUGCGGGACCUCAAUGCCCGGCUUUAUCCGCAGCACGCUUUCAGUGCGCCCAACAUCAUCAACUCGUCGCGGAACAAAACCCCAACCCGUAGCAUCAUUUCCGUGCCCUCCUCGGACAAAGGGCAGAGCCGGCGCUGUAAACUCAUAGACGAUGACCGGCAGUUUGGCUGGGGGAACAAGCAGCAGCGACAGCGCUAUGUGACCAAGGUGGGCAAAUGCCAGGUGAACCUGGGCAACAUUCAGGAAAAGAAGAGGUUCCUCUCAGAUAUCUUUACCACUAUUGUGGAUCUCAAGUACCGCUGGUUCCUCUUUGUCUUCAGCAUGUGCUACAUCAUCACCUGGGUGGUCUUUGGAAUCAUAUAUUACUUUGAUGCCUGGGUCCGAGAUGAUGUCAACCACAUAGGUGACCCCGAGUGGAAGGCUUGCAUUGAGAACAUCGAUAACUUCAUCUCUGCCUUACUGUUCUCUGUAGAAAGUCAGCGGACAAUUGGCUAUGGAUCUCGGAUUGUGACGGCCAAUUGCUCCGAAGGGGUCAUCUUGCUAAUGGCCCAGUCCAUCAUUGGUUCUAUGAUUGAUGCCCUCAUGGUGGGCUGCAUGUUUGUCAAGAUCUCCAGACCCAAGAAGCGUGCCCAGACCUUAAUAUUCAGCAAGAAGUGUGUCAUCUCCCACCGGGAUGAGAAGCUCUGCCUCAUGUUCCGCAUCGGAGAUCUCCGGGACAGUCACAUGGUAGAUGCAAAAAUAAGAGCCAAGCUAAUCAAGUCCAGGCAAACAAAGGAGGGGGAGUUCAUCCCACUGGAGCAGUCAGAACUGAACCUGGGCUAUGACACGGGGGAGGACCGACUGUUCCUGGUGGAGCCACAGAUAAUUUGUCAUGUCAUCAAUGAGGUCAGCCCCUUCUGGGAGAUGUCCGCGGACACAUUGAAGAAGGAACAGUUUGAAAUCAUCAUCAUCCUUGAAGGCAUUGUGGAAGCCACAGGUGGGUGCACUGUAGAGUAGAACAUC